AUGGCAUGCAACUUUUCCGCUGCUAACCACUCACGCCCGCUUGUAACUUACCUACAUACUAAUCCCCCUGGUCCCCACUCCACGCUUGCCAACCCCAAUGUAAACCGGACUGACCAGUUGACCGCUUCGUCCAAACCCUGCCCGCAGGUGACCCGCUGCAACAACCACCUUCGCUACCCUAACUACCUGCCCUACCCUACCCUUCACCUGAUCGUGGAGUUGAGGCUGCUCCCACCCAGCCCUUCCGUCUUCAAUAUUCCUUCCCACUCUUCCAACAGCAGGAGGCCGGCGAACAUCCCACUCCACACCCUCUCCUCUUCCUCGCGGCACCGCAACGCCGACUCCGCCCAUCUGCUCGACGACCACGAUAAAGACAGUCUCCACUCUUCCUUCGACACCCCCGAUUCAGAUUCAGACUUCUCCCUCUGGAGUGACACGGGCGAUCUCGUCGACCAGCUUGCUGAUCAGGAAGACCCUCUGCGCAUCCGCCUCCAAGGCGACGCACCCAAGGGCAAACGACAGCAGAAGCGAGUCCAUUACCAGGACGGCAUCAACGAGAAAGGAACUUCGACGCUACGAAAAGAGGACAUCGAAAUACCUGAUCCCGGGCCUCGAUCCAUAUCCAAGGCGGAAAAAAUACUCGCUGCCGUCAUGGCACCCAACGAUGGGCCAUCCCGUAUUCACGGGCUACACGGCAAGAAGCUGAUCUAUUUCACCAGCGUCUUCGUCUCAUUAGGUGUCUUUCUUUUCGGUUACGAUCAGGGAGUCAUGUCCGGUAUCAUUACUGGUAUAUAUUUCAAGGAUUACUUCAAUCAGCCCACCAGCACCGAGCUGGGGACGAUGGUUGCUAUUCUCGAGAUUGGAGCCUUCAUUUCCUCUUUGCUUGUCGGCCGUAUAGGCGAUGUUCUCGGUCGACGCAGAACCAUCCUGUGGGGUUCCAUUAUCUUCGUUGUUGGCGGUGCCUUGCAAGCCUUUGCAAACGGUAUGCCCUUGAUGAUGUUGGGGCGAAUCAUUGCCGGUCUAGGUGUUGGUACUCUGUCCACCAUUGUACCGGUGUAUCAGUCAGAAAUCUCCCCUCCCCACAACAGAGGCAAACUCGCCUGUAUCGAGUUCUCUGGCAACAUUACCGGUUAUGCGGCCAGUGUUUGGGUGGAUUAUUUCUGCAGCUUCAUCAAGAAUGACUGGUCAUGGAGACUUCCGCUGCUCAUGCAGUGUGCUAUGGGUUCUCUACUAGCUGCAGGAAGUCUGCUCAUCUGCGAAUCUCCCAGAUGGCUUCUCGAUAAUGACCACGACGAGGAGGGUAUCGUUGUGAUAGCUAAUCUGUACGGAAAGGGUGACAUCCAUAACCCCAAAGCACGUGACGAAUAUCGAGAAAUCAAGAUGAACGUUCUGCUCCAACGCCAGGAAGGUGAACGAUCGUACGCUGAUAUGUUCCGACGCUACUAUAAACGCGUCUUCAUCGCCAUGUCUGCUCAAGCCCUCGCGCAACUAAACGGUAUCAACGUCAUCUCAUACUACGCUCCGCUUGUCUUUGAAGAAGCAGGCUGGCGCGGUCGCCAAGCCAUUUUGAUGACUGGUAUCAAUGCUAUAACCUAUCUGCUUUCCACCAUUCCGCCUUGGUAUGUUGUAGAUACGCUGGGUCGCCGAAAGAUUCUGCUCUCCGGUGCUUUGGCCAUGGUUAUCUCUCUUUCCGCUAUAUCGUACUUCAUCUUCCUCAAAGCAGUCUGGACCCCCAAUCUCGUGGUUAUUUUCGUCAUGAUUUACAAUGCCGCGUUCGGUUUCUCGUGGGGCCCCAUUCCAUGGUUGUACCCACCCGAGAUUCUGCCUUUGAGCAUCCGCGCAAAGGGGGCCAGUCUCAGUACAGCUACCAACUGGGCGUUCAAUUGGUUGGUGGGAGAAAUGACUCCCAUCUUGCAGGAGCAUAUUCAAUGGCGUUUGUAUUUGAUACAUGCAUUUUUCUGUGCCGUCAGUUUUGUUAUCGUUUGGUUCAUAUACCCCGAAACUGCCAAUGUUCGUUUGGAAGACAUGAACUCCAUAUUCGGAGACGCCACCUCUGUUAUGCCCACGCCACAAACUCUUGCGGAAGCAGAAUCCUUGUUCAGCGGAAGCGCGCGUUCGCCCGUACCCUCAUUAGAUAUUCGAAGCAACCGAGCUGCGGAAGCCGCUAUUCCCAACCUGGAUAUCGAGCCACCUGAGACGGUAGGGAGCCAAGACGGAAAGCCCUCGUCGAAGGAAGCAGACCAGGGUGAAGGCAUUGGUGGAUGGAUAUCCAAUAUUGUGAAAAAGAGCAAAGGCAAUGGGGAGGGCGACAGCGGCAAGUAUCGCAGGGUCGGACAGGAGGAUAACGACGAAUAG